UGGGUAACGCCUUGGAGCCGUUGCAGAUUUAGACUUCAGAAGGGUUCCAGAUGAUGGGAAAGAUGAAGAGUGUAUUGACCCAGGACGAAUGCUUGCAGAUGUGCUGAAGGCUACUUCGGGGGGAUUGAGGUGUCUAGGGGCUGCCACGCUUCUCAGUCACAACUCGGAGAUUUUCCCCAUGUUUGAGUCCCUCUCCUUGUCAUUCCAAGCGUUGUUAGUGUUUGGUCCAGAUAUGGAUGUUUUUAGAGAGUCAGCCACUGUAAGCUUGGAUGAUUUUCUGGAGGGCAGUAGCUGUAAGGCACAUGUGCAAGUAUGCCCUCAAACUCGGAAAGAGCUAUGUGUACAUUGUCAUUUGUGUGGCUGCUAGUAUUUUGCAGUUUAUUAUGAGUGGACUCAGUGUCUAUGCAUCAUUCCUUUUUUUGUUGUUGUUUUUUUGCUCCUGGUGAACACGGUAUACUACAUCACGUAUUUUCCCUAUUCAUAUUAGCAGUGACAGUUAAGACUUGUUCUGAUCAUUGCAAUUUAGCUUAACAGGCAACCACUAAACUCUAGAUAUAUAUUCCAUUGUUGUUUUAUAAGUUCAAACAGGUAGUAGUCCAAAAAUAUUUCCGUAUGAUAGGGAGUGGUAACUAUGCAACUCAAAUACAUCAAACAUUAACCAAAAUUUUGGAGGAAGAGCUAGAACCAUGAUGCUGAUGUAGCAGGAGGGUGUCUCCAAAGAAAGAAGCAUUGAUUGAGGAAUUGUUAUUAUCAUUGUUGCAGUACUGAGCUACAAAGUUAAGGAGCUGUGCAGCUUAGAGUAGAUUUAAAUGUUUAGACCAAUUCUGAAUAUUUAAGUGGUAAGGUAAUGCCUGUUACUUGUGGGUUUACUGUGUGAGGAGAUUUGCUAGCUGUAGUGAAAUCAAAAUCACUGAGAGGCAGUUUGAUCUUUUAAGUCCAAAACCUGUUAAUUUUACUGGUGAUAGCGUUUAUAUGGGAAAAAUAAUUCACCUUUCAUGGGAUAGUGCCUGUUUUUUGCUAGUUGGGGAGUAGGGUUAAAAAAUCCUGUGAAGUGAUAAGCUGAUAGGUCUGGAAUGCAUUUUAACAUUUUUUGGCAGAUCAAUUUGACAAAAGUGGAUAGUGUUGUUUAGAUAAAAAAAGAGAGGAACUUGGUGGUUGUGAUCCAUUAAACCUAUGAAGAAUUAGUUACCUCCAAUUUAGAAUAUUGAAAUAAGAUGAAGAAAAUGGUGAUGUAAUAUCCUUGUGAUGUAAGUACUAAUGGAAUUAUGUUAGCUAAUAGAAUAUAAGUACCUGGAGUUAGCUGUCAGAUUAUGUAUGCCAUAUGGAGCUGAAUAAGAAACCUCUGCUGAAGUGGCUUUUUGGAACUAUCCCCAAGGUGGCAUGAUACCUUCUGUGCCUUUUGUCUCCAGGCUUGCCAGGGUUGAAAUGUGAGUCUUUUGUUAGGACUAACUUUCUUUGCCUUUUAUGGGAAAGAUAACAAACUCCUAUUUCAUUUGAUUUGUGCAAACACACAUCUCGGUAACAACUUUGUUUAUGCCCGUGUAGCAAAAGCAAUAUAACAGUUUCACCAAGCUUACAACUUGUAAUAAUAAAGUGUUUAGGACUUUACUAAACGGGUACCUUGUGGUAAAGGAAGUUCAGGAAUUGGUAAAUAUUCCACUCCACUGCCGUAGUUCAUGGCUCCCAAGAGAAUUAUGUAUAGUUGCAGAAAUCAAAUUGCAAGGGAGCCAUCAAUAUCCUUGGCAGGACUAUGGUAGUUUGGGUGCAUGGCUUGUAGGUCUGUGAAGGACAUCCAUAGCUAUUUAGAUGGUGGAAGCUCUUUGGGCAGGCAUGUCUUUCAGGAUCUGUGUGGAGUAUUUCCAAGAGCUUCUGAUCAGCUUUGGCUUUGAUACAGGGAUGCUUCUACUUCCUGGGUAAAAUAGAGGCAGAAGGGUCAGAAGACCCUUGGGUCAGAAGAGAAGGCUCAAACUGUAACUCAUUCUGGUUGAAUUCAGCUUCUCUCUCCUGGAUGUGAUUUUUUUUUUUGUUUCCUCAGGCCCUCAUAAUGUUGGCCCAGUGCACCUGGAAGUGUGCAAACUCCUUGCUGCUGGUGGCACUGCUGUGCUGCGUCCUUUCUCCUCCAGCACAAGCCAGCAAGAGCUCGGAGGACAUCCGCUGCAAGUGCAUCUGUCCCCCAUACCGGAACAUCAGUGGGCACAUCUACAACAAGAAUGUGCCGCAGAAGGAUUGUAACUGCCUGCAUGUUGUGGAGCCAAUGCCAGUGCCAGGGAACGAUGUGGAGGCCUACUGCCUGCUGUGUGAAUGCAAGUACGAAGAGCGCAGCACCACCACCAUCAAGGUGAUCAUCAUCAUUUACUUGUCUGUGGUGGGGGCACUGCUGCUUUACAUGGCUUUCCUUGUGCUUGUGGACCCUCUGAUCAGGAAGCCAGAUGCCUAUACCCAGCCUCUGCACAAUGAGGAGGAGAAUGAGGAUGCUCGCUCCUUGGCCACAGUCCCCACCCCAUCUGGUGCCAGAGCCAACACAGUGCUGGAGAGGGUGGAGGGAGCCCAGCAGCGCUGGAAGCGCCAGGUGCAGGAGCAGAGGAAGACCGUUUUUGACCGCCACAAGAUGCUGAGCUAGACGAGCGGCUACGCAGCACCACUUCCCAAGAGACAGGGUAGCUCAGUUGGUAGAGGCAGACAAUAGGCCAUCCUUCAGGACAUCCGUGGUGUUUGACUGAAAGCUUUAACCCUGACACGACAGUGUUCAUAUAGAGGGGCAGGUGAAGGUGCUUGGUUCUGGUUUUGUCCCCCUGUCCUUUACAUCUCAGCCCAGAGGCUCCUUAACCUUUGCCCACUGAGAUCUGCACUGACCAUUGGCCCUAUGGCUGCAUGUAAAUGGUUGUAUGCAGUGCUGCUGCCCUUGUUAACAAGUUGACUUGUGUGGGGACUGCAGCUCCAGUGCACUGUACUUGGUUUGACACUACAGGCAGUACUUGCUGGGACUGAAGUCUCCAUCAGCCCCCCCCCCCAUUAGAGACAGGGUCUUGCUAUGAAGUACUGUAAGUUGGCUGAGUCCACUCCUGGCUUCUAUGAGAUAAAAUUAGUUUCACUACAUGGCUUCUCUCAGCCAUUCUCUGCUACUGUGCUGUCAUAUGGCAGUCUGUUGAAACCUGGAGCCCUCCAGUAAUGUGUUUGCCCUUUAGUGGCACUUCUGUGGUCUCAGAGAAAGUAUUUGGAGGAGUUGCACUUGUGCAGUCCUGUUUAGGGAGCAAAAAAAAAAAAAUAGGUAUGAGGGAACAAAGUUACAACUUGCCUGCCUCCAGCGCUAGGAGGUGGAUUUGCUUUGGAGCAGAGUCACUCUCCUUGCUGUGCAGUUCUAGGACUCAACAUCCUACCACAAACUACAAGCCUAGGCCUUCUGGUGUAAUUGUAUGCUGCUGCUCCCUGGAAGUCAGUCAUUGCCUCCAUUUACACUUGCCACAGAUGCCUUCUCUAAAAGGUGCUGCUCCAGGCCUCCUCCUCCUUCAGUUGGCACUGAUGUUAAUCAGAUGCUGUUCUGCUGAGUGCGCUGCACUGGAAGGAAGAGGCAGGGAUCCCUGCCAGUGGUCUGCUGUUGCUUGUCCUUACUCUGGUGUAAAUCUAGAGGAUUUCUGUUGUCUUCAAUGAAGUCUCUACACGCUUAAACCAGCAUAAUUGAGAUAGCAGCCUGGUUCUGUGUGGGUGGACAUCACAAAACUAAUUAGUACAUUCACAAGGAAGAGAUCAACAGGUAAAAGGGGUGAUUUACAUUUUACAUUUCUGUUUUUUCUGGUUUGACAGUGGUUAAAAAACAUACUGGGGAGAACGCAUUUAAUUUGUACCCACCUUAAUACUCCUUGACACUGUCAGAGUGGGUUCAGUGGCAUUUGCGUCAAAGAGAAAAGGGGCAAUGGCUUUACUGGCGUAUCAGAUAUGCUUGCUGUCUGGGUCUCAGGGCCCUGGAAAGGCCGUGCUUGUGCUUCUCAAAAAUAUAAAGAAAAUUGUCUGAGA